AUGAAGCUUACUGGGACUAUCCAUAAACUGGAGUACGCUCAUUCCAGCACAGACACGGAAGAUUUGAACAAUGUUAUGGUGAUACCACAGCAAACAAAUACAGACUUGCCAGUGUCAGCACCCACCUCAUCACUGUUACAGCCCAAUGGAGGUCGGACUCUGUGUUCCAUAUGUGCAGACAGAGCCACAGGUAAACAUUAUGGUGCAUCCAGCUGUGAUGGCUGCAAGGGCUUCUUCAGGAGGAGCAUUCGCAACAACCACGCUUACAGCUGUAGGUUCAACAAAGAAUGUAUUGUGGACAAAGACAAAAGGAACCAGUGUCGUUACUGCAGACUACGAAAGUGUUUGAAGGCUGGAAUGAGAAAGGAAGCUGUUCAGAAUGAGCGAGACUGCAUCAGCAGUCACAGAAGCAAAGGACAGACAGUGGGCACACUGUCCAUCAGUGCUCUGCUAGAGGCAGAGGCCAAUGUGCAACAGGUAACACGCCAAUGCUUGACAUAUCAAAUACAAGUUCUGAGUCAUGACAUCAACACCAAGAAGACAGCCUGCCUGAGAGAUGUGUUUGAAUCCAUGAAGCAGCAACUCCUCCUGCUGGUGGAAUGGGCAAAACACAUCCCAGAGUUUUGUAGCCUCACGAUAGACGAUAGGGUAACUCUGUUACGAACCCACUCAGCAGGACAUCUCAUCCUAGGGGCAGCAAGACGCUCUUUACCUUUUUACAAUCUCAUCCUCCUAGGUAAUGACUUUGUGAUCCCCCUGAGAGGUGCAGAGGUAGAGGUGUCCAGAGUGGCUUUGAGAAUCCAAGAGGAGCUGGUCAAACCUCUCAGACAGCUGGACAUCACAGACAAAGAGUUUGCUUGUCUCAGAACCAUUGUCUUCUUUGCCCCAGACUGUCCAGGUUUGGAAAGUCCUAGGGUGGUUCGACAUCUGCGUUUCCAGGCCCAUCUGCUGCUAGAAGAAGCAACCUGUGAGCAGCGAGGAAGGUUUGGGGAGCUCCUGCUCAUGCUACCUCCCCUGCAGAGUGUGGCCUGGCAGAUGGUGGAGACUCUCCACUUAGCACAGCUGCUGGGCGAAGCCAAAAUGGACAACCUGCUGCAGGAGAUGCUGCUGGGUGAGGGAGCCAAAGCAGGACAGGGACAGUGUACAGUAUUGCCAGCUCCAGUUUCUCCUCCUCCUUCAGGCCAUGGCCUGAUUCAAGACCAGCAAAAUGAGCAAAGGGCUUCACCUAUAAACUUCACCUCCGACAUCUCUCAUCUUUCAACAUCUCUUUCAAUCGGCUUGCCUGCUGCCCCCACAGACUGGCACUGAGGUGUACAGACAUGCCGAUGCUGCCAAUGUGCCCACGGCAUACCAGUCCACACAUAGAGACACCUCAAGAAGCAACAACUUAACCAAGGAGUGGAGGGGUGUUUUGAGCUUGAGACAGAACACAGACUAACAUAUACACACACAGCCACAUACUGUACAAAGACACGGGAGAUGAAUGGAAUUUGAAUUUUAUUUGAAACAGGAACACAUGAAAUACUGAAUUAAUAACAUUUAGCAUGUCACAAGGUACAGUUAAAACAAAAAGUACAAUCUGAAAAGCAUGUAAAAUAAAUACAUACGUAAAUAGGAUAACAUUGCACUAAGCUAUAACUAAGCAUAAUUCACUCAUUCCUAUCACAUCUCUGGUGUGUUUGACUUAAACUUAAUCUUGAAGUGAAGGUCCUAUACAUUAUCAGCAGA